CAAACAAAAUGUAAGCAUACUUCUGAAGCACUAUGAUUCCUUGUGCAUUUGUCUUCUUUAUUUUACUGUCUUGGCCCCAAAGCUUCGUAUGUACUAAAUAAAUGAGAUGGACAUAGUGCCUUGUACAGGCCUAAGGCAGAGUUGGAGGAGUUAGAAGAGGAGUUAGAAGAAGAUGCACGUAGGAGGAUGGAAGAACUAAUUCAGAAGAAUGUUGCUGAAAGGUUAAAUUCUGAAGAAGUUAAAUUAGAAAUACGGAGGCGAAUAGAGGAAGGUUGCAAGAAAUUGUUUGAUGACGUUGAUCUGCAACUUGAGAAAGAGAAAGAAGCUGCCCUUACGGCUGGAAGACUGAAAGAGGAACAGGCCCGAAAGGAGAGGGAAGAGGUGGAUAGGAUGCUUGAAGAGAAUAGGAGAAGGGUAGAAGAAGGUCAGGGAAGAGAAGCUCUGAAGCUGAUUCAGAGGCAAAAAGAGGAGGCACCUCCGAUGAAAAAGCUAGAAUAAGAAGAAAAUAUAGAAUAGGAAUAGGAAGAAGAUACUUGGGUUUUUUUUUUUUUUUUUUUUUUCGCUCUUUUGAGUCUUUCUGUUUUGUGGUUGUCCUUGGAAUAUGACACUACAGAUAAAUUUUGGGUAGUUGA